UAUAUAAACAAUGAGAGACAUUUACAGGUACAGUGGAUGUUUGUGUCACAGGGUUAUUGCACUAUGAGUGGGUAAAAACUGGCCUGUGGGUAGAAGCGCCUACCAGAGGGGAGAAGGUGGAACAGGUUGUGACCAGGGUGUGAUGGGUCUGCAGUGAUGUUUCCUGACUCAGGACAUGUAUAAGUCCUGAAUGGAGGGCAGGUUGGCACCUAUGAUCUUUCUCUGAAGUCCACUGUCUUCUCCACAGUUUUGAGUGUCUUCAGCUCCAGGUUGUUCUGACCCCACCAGAGGGCCAGCUGUUCAACCUCCCGUGCUGAAUGUGAUGUACCCCGGCCUGACCUGUUGCCUUGGUAGGCAAACUGUCUGUGAUGUCCUUCAGGUGGGUCAAGACAAGUCUUUUAAAGGACUUCAUGACUACAGACAUCAGGGCGACGGGCCUGUAGUCAUUUAAUCCUGUGAUGGAGAGUUUUUUGGGGGCUGGGAUGAUUGUGGAGCGUUUGAAGCAGGCUUGGACUUCACACAGCUCCAGUGAUCUGUUGAAGAUCUGUGUGAAGAUGGGGGCCAGCUGAUCAGCACAGACGUUCAGGCAGGAGGGUGACCCUCCGUCUGGUCCUGGGGGGGAUGGUUUCCUGUAGCUGGUUAUUUCCUUCUCGCGACACUGACGCAGGGUUGUUUUUCAGCUUCGCAGUGAAGCUCCUCUUGGCUACUCCGAUCUCCUUCAUCAGUGUGUUUCGGGACUGGUUACACAGGAUUCUAUCCCCACUUCUGUUGGCCUCCUCCUCAGUCUAAUGAAGCAGCCUGAGUUUUGCUGUAAACCAGGGUUUAUUGUUGUAUGUGCAGAAGGUUUUAGUCGUUGCACACAUAUACACAAAAACUGACGUAAGACGUCAAAGUGUCAGAGUUCAUCCAGGUCUGUGGUCUCCUCACAGUCCUGACCACAGAUUUAGCAGAUUUUAGUUUCUGCUUCUAUGUUGGGAGAAGAUGAACCAGACAGUGAUCAGAGAGUUCCAAAGCUGCACAGGGGAGAGAGCCAUAGGCGUCCUUUAAUACAGUAGGCCUAUAACAAUGGUCCAGAGUGUUUGUAUCCCUGGUAGGACACUGUCUGCAACGUGCUGUCUGUAUUAUGGCAGUGCGUGACUGAGGUUUUCUCUGUUAAAAUUCCCAAGACCAAUGAGACACUGAUGAUUAGACACUUUCAUACAAAAUCCACAUUCAACAAAAGUUCUAUUAUAUGGGGCAAAACUACUAUUCACAUGUUUCUUCAGCUGCCAAUGGGUGCUGCUGCCGUAACACAUGACUACUACCGCUUUCCGGUUUACUGUUUCCGGAUCCCUUGCUUGCAACUGUACGGAGUGUGGUCAUUAAAGCAACAAACAGAGGUAACCAAAAGCCACGUUAUAUUAAGUAGCUAGCUCAUAAAUGCUCAUUUGUUUUAAAAAUGAGCUCAGGUUCAACUUGCGCCGUUGUUGGUUGCUACAACAAUUCAAGGAAAUUGAAAAGUUUUUCAGAAACGUUUUGUGUGGAACAUCAACAAGUUCGACAAAAAUGCCCCUGCCCUGCGCCCUACUCCUUGCAUUCAAUGCCGACGAAGGAGGCAAGGAAAGUAGCGUGGCUUUCGGCUUUGAGAUUAAAAUAUCCUCCGAAAAGAGUGUACGUUUGCUCUUUCCACUUCGUUGAUAAGAGGCCCACAGAACUGCACCCCAACCCGGAGCUCUAUCUGGGUUACGACAGACCUCCUCCAAAGAAGAGGCGGAAGCUAGUGCGUCCUACAGUGACCCACACGGCUAAUUCCAGCUGCGACGUUAACGUUCAUCAAGAAGAGGAUGAUGCACCUUACUGCUUGGUGGACUUCCCUUUGACUGUCUCAGACCACGCUGACAUCUCAAGCUCUGCACAUCCUCCUGACCCACAGUGCCACACAGUUCACACACAGUGGGAGGACCCUGUACGACACGAUCAUGAUUAUUGCAAGACGGUCAGCGGAAAAGAUGUGCAGGAUAAGAUGACUCAGUGUGAUGGGAUUGGGUACUUCAUGCUUCAAAACGACUCAGAUGCUUUGCUCUACACUGGUAUAGCCCUAGAAACAUUUAACAUCCUUGUGUCAAUGCUGGAAGGAUAUGCUAGCAAUGCAUUUACAAUAUGUGUGCGAGAUCAAGUUCUCAUCACCCUUAUGAAAUUAAAGACCAACCGUGUGAUAGGUGAUCUGAGCAGACAGUUUUGUAUAUCACAGAGCAUGGCUAGCAAGAUAAUUUCACAUUGGAUUGACAAACUGGAGGAAGUUUUGCGACCUCUAAUUCCAUGGCUUCCAAAAGAAACUAUUCAGGCAACCAUGCCUGAAGCAUUUAAAAAGAACUUUCCUAAUACAACAUGUAUUGUAGACUGCAGUGAGAGCCUUUUACAAAAACCCAAAAACCUUGAUUCAAGAGGGGAAUCAUACAGCCAUUAUUAUUCACAUAACACAGUGAAAUACCUGGUAGCUUUUGCCCCAUGUGGACUAAUCAUGUUUAUGUCUGCAGCAUAUGGAGGGCGAUGCAGUGACAAAUUCAUAACCACAGACUCAGGACUAUUAGACAAUUUAAUGCCUGGAGAUGAGGUCAUGGCAGAGCGAGGCUUUACCAUAAAAGAUUUGCUGUUUGAGAGAAAGGUUAAAUUGGUAGCGCCCUCUUUUACAAAAAAGAGUGGACAGCUACCAGAGGAACAGGUGACAUACACGAGACAAAUUGCACAUAUAAGAAUUCAUGUUGAAAGGGCAAUCAGACGUUUGAAAGAUUACAAAAUAUUAUCACAGGUUGUUUCGAUUUCCAUGGUUCCUAAAAUAGACAAGAUUCUAAGAAUAUGUGCUGCUCUUGUCAAUUUAAGGGAGGAUCUCAUUUGUGAUUCAAACUAACUCAAAUUAAAAAAAAAACACUCCCUGGGAGAAGGAGGCAGGGCAUAUCUUGCUGCCCAAUAUGUAUCAACAUGCCACAACCUGAGGGACAGUGAGUGACAGACACACACACACACACACACACACACACACACACACACACAGCACACGCAUCCAUUCACACAAACACACACACAUUUCCGUUCAUUAAAAAAAAAACCAAUGUGUAUCAUUCUCACUUAUUUGUAUAUAUAUAUUUUUAACUGCAAGUCUACAUUUUAUUUCUAUUGUUACUUUUUACUUAUCUGUGGGUGCGCAUAUCUAUCUCUCUGUGUCUCUCUAUCUAUCUCUAUCAAUUUUAUGUGCAUUUUUAUUUUAUUUUUAUUUCACACUUGCUUUGGCAGUGUAAACGUCUGUUUCCCAUGCCACUAAAGCCCUUUUGAAUUGAAUAUAAACUUCAUACGUUAGGUGCCAUCACUUUAUAAAACAAUGAAGUCCAUGUCAACUUUCAUGUUGCAUUGAAUUUGUUUAAACUCUAUUCAACUUGUUUUGUUUGGCACAUUACUUUGGACGAUGGAGAAAAGUAUGUAAUCACUGGCAACAUUUAAUGUCAUCAGCUUUUUAAAUAUGACAUGCUGGUACUUUUUUAUUUGGAGUAAAAUAAACUGUAGCAAACA